UUUGCAACUGAAGCUGGAGCUGCAAUCUAGAUAGUGGAAAUCAUCUGUGGGAAUUAGCAUGGAGAAAAAUGCAAACCUGCAUCGAGAUGUUGGCGGAGGCGCGCCGUGUUCCGUAAUAGCCAGAGAAAUGGGAGACAUGCAAACGGCAGAAUUAGUGAAAGGAGCUACGGAUCGCUGCAAGAAUAGCGAUCCUUCUACGCUGACUACUUUGCUUAGCAGCAGCGCUUGUGCUACACUAUCAGCGUCCACUGCCAGUGACUGUUCGUGCAUUAAAACAUCAGAAGUUGUAUCGGACAUGUACGACUCUGCAAUCACAGAAACGCAGCCAAGUGGUGGACCAUUGGAACCGGGAGAGCAGCUGAGUAACGGGACGGGACACCCACUGCCCCUGGCUCCAGCCAACGAUGAUGGUGCUACCUCAAAGUUCAUAAACAACAAAAUGGACAGUGGUCUCACUUCUGCUGUUGAGGGAACUACAGCAUUGGAUACUGAUGUUACUAUUGGGAGUUUAAACCGUGCAUCGCAGCAACAGACAAAAAUUUCUCCCCCGACACAUCUGUGUCCGAGCAAAACAAGUUUGAGCGAAGUCACACCAGGGGUGUUGGUCUCCAAUUGCCGUGUCGCGUCCGAGGGUCCGCGGAGUAGGAGUGACCCUAGUUCAGUCGGUGAAUCUCGAAGCUUUGACUCUUUGGAUUCCUUCUCCAAUCUAAACUCCUGUCCCAGUUCCGAUCUCAAUAGCGAAGGACUAGAGGACAGGGCUCUGGCGAUAGCGCUUCAAAGCGAGGAUUAUGGGGCCGACGGUCCGAAAGUCCCGUGUGCCAAGGACCGGGGCGCUGGCCAGUCUAUGUACCACAUCAAGUGGAUCAAGUGGAAGGACGAAAACACGCCUAUCAUUACCCAGAACGAGAACGGGCCGUGUCCGUUGCUGGCAAUUAUGAAUGUUCUUUUGCUUGCAUGGAAGGUGAAGAUGCCACCUAUGAUGGAGAUCAUAACAGCUGAGCAAUUGAUGGAGUAUCUUGGAGACUACAUCCUCGACGCCAAGCCAAAGGAGAUCUCUGAGGCUCAGCGGCUGAAUUAUGAGCAGAACAUGAGUGACGCCAUGGCGGUGUUGCACAAGCUGCAGACAGGCCUGGAUGUGAACGUGAAGUUCACGGGAGUGCGGGUGUUCGAGUACACGCCCGAGUGCAUCGUCUUCGACCUGCUGGACAUCCCGCUCUACCACGGGUGGCUGGUGGACCCCCAGAUGGAUGACAUUGUGAAGGCGGUGGGGAACUGCAGCUACAACCAGCUGGUGGAGAAGAUAAUCUCGUGUAAACAGUCCGACAGCAGCGAGCUGGCCGGGGAAGGCUUCGUGGCGGAGCAGUUCCUGAACAGCACGGCCACACAGCUGACGUACCACGGCCUCUGUGAGCUAACGUCCACUGUGCAGGAGGAAGAGCUCUGUGUCUUCUUCAGGAACAACCACUUCAGCACCAUGACCAAAUUCAAGGGCCAGCUGUACCUGCUGGUGACGGACCAGGGCUUCCUGACCGAGGAGAAGGUGGUGUGGGAGAGCCUGCACAACGUGGACGGAGAUGGCAACUUCUGCGACUCUGAGUUCCGCCUGCGACCGCCUUCCGACCCUGAGACAGUGUACCGCGGGCAGCAGGACCAGAUUGACCAGGACUACCUGAUGGCCCUGUCCCUCCAGCAGGAGCAGCAGGGUCAGGACCUGCAGUGGGAGAGCAUCCCAGAGGGCAUGAGCGACCUGGAGCUGGCCAAGAAGCUGCAGGAGGAGGAGGACCGGCGCGCCUCCCAGUUCUAUCAGGAGCAGGAGCAGGCGGCCGCCGCAGAGGGCCAGGGACAGCAGCAGCCAGCAGAGGGCAGCAUGGGAGCAGGAGCCAGAGAAGCAGCAGCAGGAGCAGCAGGAGCUGGAACAGCAGCAGGAGCAGCAGGAGCUGGAACUGCAGCAGGAGGAGCAGGAGGAGCAGCAGGAGGAGCUAGUGCCACACCCAGCCAAGGGAAACAGCCCAGCCCCGGGGAGCGCAAGCCGAAGAAGGAGCCAAAGGACAAAGACAAGUGUGUCAUUUUGUAACAAAAGGAAAGGGGUUGGGCGACCCCUCCUUUGAAGACAGGACAACAAUCCAAGACUGAGGCCAAGAAGGGAGAGAUGGAGAAAAAUUGUUAGCUCACUAAAACGCCACCUGUGCCUGAACUUCCCACACCUUGUUUUUUUUCCACACCUUGAAAAACAAGGGGGUGGGUUCUACACCUACCACUACAUCUCUGAUACAACUGGCCAAACUGUGUAACAGGAGGACACCUGCUGCACUACAUUUGUGAUGGAGGGUCAGAUGUAUUGGAGUUUGGGAUUUAAUAGCAAGAAAAAAAAAACAUAAACAAAAACUGACAUGAUUUUUUUCAGUCAGUUAAUAAGCUAUUUUAGGGAAAUGUACUCAGAACAGUAAAUAGGGGGGGAAAAAAACACGUCUCUUCUGACUUUUCCCAAAUCUGACUGACAACGCUCCCUGUAGCUGUUGGGCUGCUAUGACGAAUUUGUGUUGAAUGUUAAAUGUGUUUGUGGGGUGGCAGGUCAUUUGCGACGCAUUAUUAUUGAUGAGGGUGAACUUUGGCAGAGACAGAGAGGGAAAGGAGUGCAGAGACAGAC